AUGGAGGAGACGGACCUCGAUGAGAUGAACCCCGAGUUUGGGAAUGAGUUCUGGAAGGAGCUUACAGAUGACGUGCUCGAUACGCUCUACAGCCAACUUGAGCAACCAGCCUUCGAUACCAGCGAGUACUACCUGGAUGAUGAUGACGAUGGAAUGCUCGGCUCCACCAAUCCUGGAGGCUUCGUGCUGCCCGAGGCAGCGCAUGGCGCCAUGGCCCCCGCCGUCCAGGUUAAAGAUGAAGACGCCGUCGCCCGCACCGUCGAUCCGGCCCACUUCCAACAACAAGGCCAACAGCACCAGCACCACCAGCAGGCCGCCGCCGAGCCCCGACAGCAGGCCCGCCCCGCCGCCGCCCAUGUCCCGCUCCCCGCCAUCUCGCAGGACCAGGCCAAGGCCCGCAUGGUGAUCGACCAGGUCCAGCAGCUCUUCGCCACGCAGGACCAGCACAUCGAGCAGAUCCGACAGAUACAGCAGCAGCUCGUGCUGCAGCCGCAGAAGGAGGGCGUGCGGCAGCUCCAGGAGCAGCAGUGGAAGCUCAACCAGCAGAUCGAGCUCGAGCUCAAGGAGCUCCAGGGCCUGCACCGCUCGGUCAUCCUCGAUCCGCCCGCGCUCCACCAGCUGCGCAUGCUCCUCCAGCGGCUCAAGAUCCAGCAGCAGAAGAUCGAACUCUUCCGCCAGGAGCUGCAGCUCCCGACGCCACAAGUGCUGUUCAAGGGCAAGACGCUGGAGGACAACUACGUGCUGGCGCUGCUGUCGGGCUCGAACGUGAACAUUCAGAACAUCAGCAAGGUCAAGGCCAUCCUGGUGGCCGAGGAGAAGAACUGGAAGAACAAGAAGCCGAUCGAGAACGACGUGCAGGCCAUGGACUCGAUGAAGCGCGUCCUCACGUUCCACAACAUCAAGCUCAACGUCUCGACGCGCAUGUCGAUGGUCUACCUCAAGUUCGCCGUGCAGGUCACGCUCCAGAACGGCGGCACGCACACGAUCGAGAGCGCCGGCUCGAGCCCGAUCAUCGUCAUCACCAACGAGAGCCAGUGGUGCGACGCCGCCGGCAAGCUGCUCCUCUUCGAAGCCUUUGGAGGCCAGACCGAGAUUCCGUGGCAGCACCUGGCCAACGUGACGCACACCCAUUUCCUCAAGGCCACCAGACAGGACCCGGGGCGACCCCAGCGGCGACUCAACCACGGCGAGUUCCAGUACAUCCACUACAAAUUCUUUGGCGGUCAGCUCAAUGUCACACAGCAGCAAGCGGGUCGGUUCUGGUCGUGGUUCGGCCAGGUCGUGCAGACGCUUCGGUUCAAGCGGCACAUCGCCAACAUGUGGUUUGUCGGGUUGAUCUACGGCUUCAUCACGAAGAACGCCUGCACGGAGAUCCUGAAGAACGAGGAGAUCGGCACGUUCGUGAUCCGCUUCAGCGAGAACCACCCGGGCCUCUUCGCGGUGGCCUACGUGGACGACGACCCCUACGAGCGGGUGAAGCACUACCUCGUCAAGCCCGAGGACAUAUCGUCCAACAAGAGCUUGCCCGACUUCCUGCGCGAGAAGCCCCAGUUCCUCUACGUCAACCAGCUCGACCCGGCCACGGGCGAGCUCCACAAGCUGCCCAAGGACAAGGUGCUCGAGGGCUACUACUCCAAGAGACAGCUACACGGCAAGCCCAGCAACGGCUACGUCCUCCUCUAG